GGGAAAGAAGCGCCUCACCAUGUCCACCCACAUCUUACCCUCGAGAUCCUCUCUCUUCACCUCCGAAAAUGGCUCGAGCGCUCCCAUCUACACCGCUAAACCUCUGGCCGACGAGGUCACCUUGGAAAGUGCAUCCAUCUGUGGGCCGUCGCCCGGCGACUUCGAGCGCACUAGUGGGCCACUCGCCCUCCGCUUGCACGAUCAGAUCGACGGCGUCUCGCGCCCUACCAUAUAUCACAAGCACCGCAUCAGCGGAGCCGCUCUCAUUCAGUCUGAGGAGUGCAGCAGUACGACGAAGGUCGCCUUGAAGUUCGAGGGCGCCCUCACCAUCGAGAUCGAUGGCGGCGUCAGUCAGACGAUCUCGUUCCUCAGCGAGACGCACGUAGUCUGGCAGGCGCACGAGUGCUCUUCCUCCCCGCCUUCUCAGUUGCCCUUCACCAUCGAAUUGACUCCCGAAUUUGCGGACAAGGAUGGCCGACGGAGGCCACUGCCGCCCACUUGCAAUUUCUCUCUCCCAAGCCCUACGUCGCUUCGUGCGCGCGCGUCCUAUACCAUGACGCUGACGGUCGACCGACGGAGGAAGCACGGUGUACUACCGAGGAGUAAAUCACCCAGCCUCUCUAUCCCCUUCGACUACGUCCGACGCAGCAAGCCGCAUCUCCCGAUGCGUGUUGGACCGGCCUCGGACGCGGCGCUCUGGUUUCACCAGACUUCUCAGAUCGACUUCAAGACCCCUACGACCCAGCCACUGCUGGCGAAACUCUCCAUUCCCGCGGCCAAGGUGUACUGGAUUGGGCACUCCAUAGCGUUCCACUUCACGCUCGCUGGGCCCUCCGAUGCACUGCGAUCUCUAUUUCCGGAGCAUGGGGCAGCCACUGUCAGUGUCAGCUUGAUUCGCCAGGUCGUCGCAAAUGUACGGAAGGUUAUCAGGAGGGGAGAGAUGGUGCUUGGCGAGGGUACGGUCCGCAGGAUUGCUGACGGGAAUCAAGAUACGGUCCUGCGCUGGGAAGGAGAAGUGCGUGUCUCCCAGCCAGAGACGGUACCCGCAUUCGAUGCCGGUGCGCUGCUGGCGAAGGACUUCAUCGUCGCUGAAAUCACACCGCCGAUUGCCAACCCCGCGCCCUUCGAUAUGCCACCACAACGGAUCCCGAUCUUCAUCCGCCUGACCACGGACAAGCAUGAGGACGAUCCUUAGGCCAAAUGAGUGUCUCUUCUGCUGCACACACAACGCUCGAGAGCUGCACACACGACGCCUGAGAGCCGCGCACGCGACGCUCGAGAGCUUCACUCAGUGACCUGUACGGAAGCGAGUAAGACGGGGUGUGUAUUGUAGCAAUAACUUGGUCUGUAUGAUAAGUAGCGCGUUAGGGGGUGUAUGAUGAGUAGCCCGUUAGGCGGCAUAUUGUGAGUAGCGUGUCGUCCUCAAGGACUCGGAGGCGGCGGGAAGCACACACGUGUGCGACGUGCUCUCAAGUAAGCAAGAAGAUCGCUAGCCGAUUAGUGGGCAAUACCUCUUGCGAGCGCUUGACUUGGGCGCCUAACCCGGAGAGCAUCGGCAACCUCUUCCCCUACGCGGUCUUGUGUUCUGCCUCCUUCUCCCCCGAACCAGUCAGCAUCUCCCAAAGCUCGGGACCAUCCCGUAUGAAGGC